UCCUUUUCUCUCCGCUUUCUCUUCCUACGAGUGCGGAACUAAUUGGUGCGCGGACCGAGGGUGCAACUGGUGAAUGGUUCCCCCAGAGUCUCUUUUUUUAUGUUUGACAAGCGAAAAGAGGCAGGCUUUACCAGCAUGAGCACCAGCACGACUGCACUAUCUGAAAAGGACAGGUCUAUUGCACAGAAGUUACUGAAUUUUGGAGCAUGCCCACGUUGUAUUUUCAGGUUUUGCCGGAUAGGAUCUCAGGCUUUGUACAGGCGACCCUAUAAGGAGUUGCUUAAUGAACUGCAUGAGUUUCUGGAGAACGCUACAGAGGAGAACAAAUUACCUUGUGAAACGGCAAAUCCUCCCUGUAAGCGAAUCAAACUGGAUAGUGCCAAAGUGGGGGAGGAACAGACCUCAAAUGGAAGCCACCAGGUACCUAAUGUGGAGAAUGAUAGAAAUGCUGGUGGUGGUGAUGAGAACUUAAGGCCAGCUGUGUGCAACAUCUGCCUGGGAAUUCUGCAGGAGCUCUGUGAGAUGGAUUUUGUCAAAGCGGUGUGCCACAAAAUUAAUUCUUCUGAAUACCAGUUUACCAGCUUUGUGUUUUCAGUCUCUUUCCCCGCACAGUUAUCUGUAAGGGAGCAUGCAGCAUGGUUGCAAGUAAAAGAGGAAAUGGCGAAACAGGAUUUUUUAGCAGAAAAAGAAGACCUUGUUCAGCUAAAGGAAGCAUACAAAUGGAUUAUUCACCCCCUGUUUCUGGAGCAAUUGGGGGUCCCUGCUGAUGGAAAGAGCCUGUUUGAAGUCAGCGUGGUCUUCGCUCAUCCAGAAACAGACGAGGACUGCCAUUUCCUAGCCUCAGCAUGUCCAAGUUGCUUCAAACCAGCAAAGAACAAGCAGUCUGUCUUCACCAGAAUGGCUGUGGUUAAGGCUUUGGAUAUGAUCAGUGAAGAAGAUUUCCUUAAAAACUUUCCAUGCCCUUUGACUUCACCCAAAGCACCUUGCACAGCUGUUGACAUUCAGUGUACCAAUGGGGCCAUCUUCGUUGCCGGAAGAUAUAACAAAUAUUCGAGAAACUUACCCCAGACUCCCUGGAUUAUAGAUGGAGAGAGGAAAAUGGAAUCCUCCGUAGAAGAACUGAUCUCAGAGCAUCUCAUGGCUGCCUUCAAAGCAGACAGUUUCAAUUUUUCAUCCUCCGGAAGAGAAGACGUAGAUGUGAGAACACUGGGCAAAGGAAGGCCCUUCGCGGUUGAGCUCGUGAAUCCCCGAAAAGUCCGGUUGGCUGCAGAGGAAAUGAAGGAGCUUCAACAGACCAUAAAUAACUCUUCAGACAAAGUCCAAGUUCGUGAUCUACAGCUCGUCACCAGAGAGGCCAUUGGGCACAUGAAGGAAGGCGAGGAAGAGAAGACCAAAACUUACAGUGCCUUAAUAUGGACAGAAAAAGUGAUCCGGAACGAAGACGUUGAGCUUCUAGACAACAUGAAGGAAUUAAAGCUCGAUCAAAAAACUCCACUGCGGGUCCUCCACCGGCGACCACUAGCCGUCAGGGUUCGUGUAAUCUACACCAUGCAGUCGGAGUACAUAGAUGAGCAUCAUUUCCGUCUCCAUCUGAAGACGCAAGCCGGGACUUACAUUAAGGAGUUUGUUCAUGGAGACUUUGGAAGAACCAAGCCGAACAUCGGUACGCUCUUGGGCACAACCGCUGACAUCUUGGAGCUGGACGUAGAAUCGGUGGAUGUUGACUGGCCUCCAGCUCUGGGUGAUUAAUGAGAAGUUUUAAUUUUCAAGAUGUGGAGAACGAAGGGGCAACAGUCUUGUCAGGGACUGGUUACAGCAGAAUGGGCCCUGUUUUUUCGUAAGCCGGUUGGCUUUCCAAAAUUUUUGUUCCAUUUUUUAAGAUCAUGUUGAUCUAUUUUUUAAAAAACUAAAAAAAAAAAUGUUAUAACGAAGAACGUCUGGUGCUUCGACCACUUUGUAAAUGCAUAUAUCUCCAAUGCCAGCCAGCGGAAUUGGUUGCGCUUCCAAGAUAACAUGGUCUCUCAAAACAUAUCUUUGGAAAUAGAACAAGAGUUCUCUGUUCCCACAGACUGCAACUCUGGUUCUCGCUGGGUUGCCAAAUGACGUUCCUCUGGGUCUUUCUGGAGCCUUUGGUUCUCUAUUAAAUGGCUAAAAAUGAGGUUCCAUCUGUCCUCUGAUCACCUGAGGCCUGUCACAAUAUUAUUCCAAUCUACAAAAAUGCAAACACAAC